AGACAGAGCAGCUGCAUGUCCUGUGUCUGUAAGCGUAAUGUUUAGGCCUAGUCAGAUUGUUUCUGCUCAGAGUUUAGAGGCUCAAGCCGCUUCCAUUGCUGAUAUCAUUGGUUUGCUUUUGCCUCCUGUGAAUUUCUGUGGUAUAGCUUCAAACUAUCUGAAGCGGUUGUCUAUUCCGAGGAUAAGGUUCUUGAGCAGGUGCGUCUCUUACAGAACUGGUCAAUGCCUAGCGAGUUAUAUCUGUCGAAGAACGAGCUCAGGCUUCCCACCCGUGUAUGUGUCAUGUCUAUUAUUGUUGUAGCUAUACGGAUGCUGUUUAACAUCAAUGGUUUUGGUGUAUGGGAACGGAGUUUGGGUUUGCGUGAUGCUAGUAAGGCUGAUACAGAGUUAUCAGAUAGACACAAAAGCAACCACUGAGGAGCUUUUGAAAAACCUUGAAGCCAAAUAUUACGAGGUCGCUGUUGAAACCCAUGAAUGUGAAAAGGAUCUUUUGCCAUAUUUAUUGCACGGGAAAGACGAGAUCUUUGCUGGCUUAGAUGAAGCAUCAGCUGAUGCCACUUACAUAACUGUUGAUAAUCUGUGGAAUAGUUACCCGAAAGAAGAGGUGAAACCUGUUUAUAGUUCUCUGUUUCAAAUCCUACUAUUCAAUAUGUGAAAUUUAGUUCUUAAGUAUAAAUCAUCUCUUUUACUGAUACGGUUUUGCAAAUCGAUACAAUGUACAUACUCGAUUAGACCUUAAGCUCUUUCAAAUUCUGUGAUAUCACAUAUCAAACCUUAUGCAAUAGUAUUACACUAGCCACUAGGCUAGGCAAUCAAAUAUGCAUACCACUUCUUUACACCAGUUUAUAUCCUGUGGAUGGGAGAUGCUCCAUUAUAA